AUGAAUAUCACAAACGAUACCAAUGGGACAGAAUCUUCAGAGCUUGAUGAAAAUGAUGAGAGUUUGGCUUAUCAAACCGGGUUGGCAGUGAUUCUCUUCGUUGUCACACUCGCUACUACUUUAUCCAACGCAUUUGUCAUUGCAACGAUUUAUCAGUCUAAGAAACUGCACACUCCAGCAAACUUUCUCAUAGCGUCUCUAGCUGUCACCGACCUCUUGGUGUCCAUUUUGGUGAUGCCAAUAUGCGUCCUGUACACGGUGAGUCACACCUGGACUUUGGGACAAGUUACAUGUGACAUUUGGUUAUCCUCAGAUAUAACAUGUUGCACUGCUUCUAUCCUUCACUUAUGCGUAAUCGCUUUGGAUCGAUACUGGGCAAUAACAGACGCCGUUGAGUACUCCAAAAAGCGCACGCCAGCGCGCGCUGCGGGAAUGAUCGUGACCGCCUGGGUCAUCGCUAUCUCCAUCUCCCUGCCCCCGCUUUUCUGGCGCCAGGUGAAAGCGGAGGAGUUAACUGAAUGCAAUGUCAAUACGGAUCACAUUUUCUACACUAUUUACUCCACGUUUGGAGCAUUCUACAUCCCUACUCUGCUGCUUAUUGUGCUUUAUGGAAGGAUAUACUUAGAAGCACGUAAGAUCAUUUUGAAACAGUCACCCAGAAAGGUAGGGAAAAGACUCACUUCAGCGCACCUGAUCACCAACUCCCCUGGAUCUGUGGCAUCGACAUCAUCUUCUCAGUGUAAAAUACACGAUACCCACUUCAGUGACACGGGGUCCUUGGCAAGUAAGAACCAUGUGAAAGUAACCGUGUCCGACGCACUUUUGGAGAAGAAAAAGAUCUCAGCUGCUAGAGAGAGGAAAGCGACCAAAACAUUGGGAAUAAUAUUAGGCGCAUACAUUAUAUGCUGGUUGCCCUUUUUCAUAUACACCCUGGUGGUGGCCGCCUGUGAAACUUGUUUUUACCCCGAGAUGUUUGACUUUUUCACCUGGCUUGGUUAUCUCAACUCGUUAAUCAAUCCAAUUAUAUAUACCAUGUCCAAUGAUGACUUUAAAAAAGCUUUCCAUAAACUCUUACGCUUCAGAUUUUGCAUAUCCUGAACAUAUGUCUUCCAUGUCCUAUUUUGUUUGCAUUAUUGCUCUAUACAAUACAGCAUACAAUACAGAUACCCCUGUGUGGUGUUAUAUGUGUAAAUGCAUUCAUAUGAUGCAAUUUAGGGCACGAUAAAC